UACUCUGUCACAGCUGCUUCUCAUUUUAAGAUUCAGCUUGAAGUAAAUGUACCUGUUGUGAAAGGAGCUGGGGACUAUUUCAGCAAGGAGGUGGCAUGGUAGAAUCAGGGCCAGUAUGAGCUUUGCUUGGGUUGUACUGAGCCCUCUUGCUUUAUCCUGCUAUUUAGCAGUCACAGCUAACUGGGAGGACAAUUUGGUGUCUUGGUGCCCUCAGCCAAGUCAGUGAGUAAAGAGAGACGGCUAAUGCCAGCUCUAUUAACACUUCUCCUGAACUCUGGUUAUGAUAUAAAGUAUUUGUUCAGUUAUAACUGGCCCUGACACACUGGCUGAUUUCAUACAGACAACCACACAUCCAUCAGAUGCAACUGCUGCUUUCACAAUCACUGUUACCCUUCCCCAAAGUGAAACUUUAGCUCCUAAACCUGAGUGGAGUUAUUGAAGGAGCUUAAACAUUAAGCAGUAAGCACAGUGAAACAAUAAAUGGUGCAGAGAGACAUGAAGUAAAAUGUCAAACACCAGAAUUAGUCUCUUCAUUUGAGUGCAGGAGAUUCUAUAUGGCUUCCUAUGUUAUUUCAGGAAAUUAAGUGAGGGUUACAAUCAUGUAUGCCAAUCUGCCAUUUCCUGAAUAGACUCAUUGUAGGGGUGACAGUGACCCUUAAAGGUUCAGCUAAACAUAAUCAGAGGUGUGCUAAACAGACUUGCAUUCUGUCUUUGGUUUCCUUCCUCAGGUACCAUGAGUGGAUGAAAUCGGAGGAGCUCCAGCAGCUGACCGCCUCCGAACCACUGAGCCUAGAACAGGAGUAUGAGAUGCAGCGCAGCUGGCGGGAGGAUGCAGACAAAUGCACGUUCAUUGUGCUGGAUACAGAGAGGUGGUCCGGACAGGCUGGCAUGGAUGAGGACUGCAUGGUCGGGGACGUGAAUCUCUUUCUCACGGACUUUGACGAUCGUGCUUUGGGAGAGAUUGAAGUCAUGAUUGCAGAGCCCUGCUACCGCGGCAGAGGGUUUGGCAAGGAGGCCACUCUGAUGAUGAUGUCCUACGGAGUGACAAAACUGGGAAUCACCAAAUUUGAGGCUAAGAUUGGCCAGGAAAACAAAGCCAGCAUCUGCAUGUUCAGGAAGCUUCAUUUCAAGGAGGUUGCUGUGAACAGCAUCUUUGAGGAGGUGACAUUGAGACUGGAUGUGAGUGAGCAGGAGAAACACUGGCUCUUGGAGCAGACAGGCCACAUGGAGGAGAAAAGCUACAGGGAUAUGAAGCUGCAGAACCUGGCCUCUGAAAGCUGAUGGCUGUCCUGGAAGGAGCAAUGCAUGCACAUGUUAGCUGUCCAAGAAGGAACUGUUUGACAGUGUCACCAAGGGUGUGGAUGGCAAGUGUCUGUGCAUCGUUAGUGGAUCAAACAACAAACUUCAGCUGCUUUGCUGCUGCCCCAGGUACCCAGGGUACCAAAGCAUGGCUGACUUUCCACUGCAGCCCCAGUACAGUGCCUGCAGGAGAAUUCCUUCAGAGUACAGCCCCAAAACUGGAUGAACAGGUGCUAAUAGGAAAGCACACAACUACAGCUCAGCUGGGAAGGGUCCUUUUAGCCUCAAAACAUCCUCUGUCUCUACUCUCAGGGCCUAAACAUUUUAUCUCCAAAUUAAUUACUGGGUGAGCCAGAGUAGUCUACAAAUACCACCAGUGUUAGCGGUGGUGUUCAGUAUCACAACAGGGUAGUCUGGCCUGCUUUCUCUUGAAUAAAAUUUGAUGAGUAUGACAUGCCGUAGCUUGACCUGGUCAGGCAUGUUGCUCAGCUGCCACCUUUGGUUGUAAAAUGAUGGUUAGCAGCAGCAGGGAAGGGAAUAGGCUGGGGGAGGAGGGAUGGGGAAAAGAAUUAUUUUGAGUACCUCAGGCAUUAGUUGGUGGGAGUGUCAGCAGGUCUGUUAGAUCAGUACUUAGUACUGUAAAUUCUUCAGGUGCCUCAUGGCUUGUAUGUAAGGCUUCCUCCUUGCCUUUUAGGCUUAAUCCUUGGGAACCACCAUUUCCAGCUACCUCCCCACCAAGCUGUGGGAAUGGGGCUGUAAAGCCAAAGCCCCAUUGCUUAGCAUGAGCACAGCUUCAUGAGAGAGGCUGGUACAACUAAAAUAUUAAGGGCCCCAUCCUGAGGUGCUGAGUCUCCUUCAUGGCUGCUGAGGUGAAUCUGAGGGUGAAGUUGCACGUCACACUAAGACCAUACUAAAUCUGUCAAAUGUUAAGUGGAGUUAAAGUUAGAACAUGCAGUGAGCAGUUACAUGUUUAGGGUUGAUACCAUUUUUUGCCUGCACAGCUCUGACUUAACCACUGUAUGUCUAGGGAGCAGGGAUGUGGUCAGGACCCAGAAUACCUUUACCCUGUACAGUAUAUUUGCAGUACAGUGCAUUGCAGUGCAUUUUGGGAUGCUGGAGGACUACAGAUCACUCAUUUUAUCUCCAUGGAGCUGACUGAAGUUACUGUAAUGUGAACUAGGUAGCAUGGCCAAGAGUUGGCUCUCGUCUGGACUGGCGUAACUUUGAGACAUUUAAGGCUCUUAUACACAUGCACGGAGCCUGCUUCAGUGCACUGGAAAUCAAGCGCAUUGAAGCAGACUUGAUUAAUCAAUGCUUCUGUUUUAAGUGCCCUUAGUAUAACCUUAAUGUGCAGCUUCACCCUGAGGUGUGGGGACCUGCUAAAGGAUGCCUGGUUGACUUCCCUAUUGCCAGCAGUGUUAAAGAAGAAUGCUUCUAAAAGGUUGGGAAAGCAGGCACUAAAUUACCACAGGUAAGAGGUGGGGCAAAUUACAGAACAUAAAACCGGAGAUGCCAAGCUACUUAUGUCACUAGAGGAUGAUUUUUGGAGGGGAGAAUUAUCUGUCCCAGAACUACUCAGUACAAGUAUUGGAAAGGAGGUACGUGGUUGUGAUAGAGAUUCCCACAAUAAGUUGAAUGAGGAAAUUCAGUUGCAACAAGGGUAUAAAGGAUAAGGUAGCCAAGACACUAUAAUGCUUGUUUGAAAAUCAGUGUUACCACAUGAUAAGGGCACAAGGGCUGUUUGCAUUACAGUAGCCUUAUUAGGUAAUUCCUUUAAUGACCAGAAAUGUUUAAUUUCUGCUGUGGUGUUGGAUAAUAGGUUUCCAGUUUGAAUGGGGAUAUAUUUAAUCAGUAAUUGGUACCCUGCAGAAUGUUUAAUGCUGCUAUUUGUGUGUGUGGGUCCUGGGGAUUUUCAUUCUGAUUCAAGUUCAUUUAAAUGCAUUAUUUCUAUGACUAAUAUUAAAAGCAAGUGCCAUAGUA